AUGUUGCACUCAAACUUUGCAAUCCUCCUCCCGUUGGCGCUUGCCGGAGCUGCAUCCGCCAUCAACAAUGGUCUCGCUCUCACCCCUCAGAUGGGUUGGAACACUUGGAACACGUUUGCCUGCAACAUCAGCCAAGAAACUGUGCUCUCUGCUGCGCGUGCUAUCAAGAGCGAGAACCUCGAUCAGUACGGCUACAACUACGUCGUCAUCGACGAUUGUUGGCAAGCGGAUCAGCGCGAUCCCGACACCAAAGUACUACCUGCCAAUCCGGAAAAGUUCCCCAACGGUCUCAAGGCGGUUGUUGACGAGAUCAAGAGCAUGGGCCUCAAGGCUGGGAUCUACUCGUCUGCUGGAGUUAUGACGUGUGGCCAUCACGUCGGAUCACUAGGCUACGAAGAAACCGACGCAAAGAGCUGGUCCGAAGAUGGCUUCGACUACCUAAAGUACGAUAACUGCUUCAACCAAGGGGAAAGUGGGACGCCUAAGCUGUCGUUUGACAGGUACAACGCCAUGAGCAGGGCUCUCAACAAAACUGGAAGCCCGAUCCUAUACUCCAUGUGCAACUGGGGCGAGGACUGGCCAUGGCUCUUUGCAACUGAGAUCGCCAAUUCGUGGCGCAUCUCUGGAGACAUCUACCCGUCUUUCAACCGCGACGACGAUCGAUGCCCUUGCACUGACAUCACGCACUGCAACCUGCAGGGCUUCCACUGCUCGAUCGCCAAGAUCAUUGAUUUCGCCGCCAGUCUUGGCCAAAAAGCUUACCCAGGUGCUUGGAAUGAUCUCGACAUGCUCGAAGUCGGCAACCGCGGUCUCAGCCUUGACGAAAGUUUGGUUCACUUCUCCAUGUGGGCUAUGCUCAAGUCACCCCUCAUUCUCGGAAACGACCUGACAAAGAUGACCAACCAGACUCGUGCCAUCAUCAAGAACAAACAUGUCAUCGACAUUUCGCAGGAUCCUACCGGUUCGCCUGGCGUUCGACUCUGGAAGACCCAACAUGACGACGGCAACUCGCAGCUCUGGAAGAUCCAGCUGGCCAACGGGACCUACGCAGUUGCAGCCAUUAACAUGUCGGAAUCAUCCAAGAAUGUGACCAUCAGCAUGGACGACGUGUUCUUUGACGAAUACCUCGACAACCAAGACCUCAACUUGCAGUCCUGGAACGCAUACGAUCUCUGGAAGGGCGUGGAUUUCAGCAAGAACCCGUCUCAGCCGGUUGCCAUGGACACGAUGAAGGUCGCAGGCGGGCCGUUCACAGGCAAGCUGCCAGAGGUGACGGUGCCAAAGCAUGGCAUUAAGCUGUACAAGCUCACACCAGCAGAUGGAAACAAUAGUGCAGGGCAGAGGAGGUCGUUUGACGGAUUGGACAAGCAGGCGAGAGACUUUGCUGAGAUCAAGCCUAGCCGCAUUAUGGGCUCGCAGAUUUUCAGCACGUAG